AUGGAAAAAACUUUUAAGAAAAUCGACUGGGUAAAUGAAAGUGUCCUGGACAGAGAGGCAAGAAGAAAGGAAGAAAAAAACAACAUGAUUUUAAAUAAACGACAGCAUCUACUGAAAAAACGUGAAUUGUUAGGAUUUCCUCCCAAGUAUCCUUCUAUGGCUAAAUACGAAGACUAUGAGGAUACAUGUGACUCUUCAUCGAAAAACAAGGCUUACACCACAGCGCAAGUCGGAAGUCCGUGCAGAGAUGGAACCCAAAAAUUAUAUACUAAGAGCAUGAAUUCGUACAGAGGAAACUUAUAUAUGGCGCCUCCAGAAACCACUGGUCAUCCCAUCCCAAUGGAUCAGCCUUACGUCAGAGAUAGUAUUAUUCGGGCCAAACUUGGUGCUAGCCUUGAAAAUUCAAAUCAUCAUGAAAAACCAUAUUUGAAAUCUGCCGUGUUUCCUCAGCUUGAAACUUUAAAUGCUAGGUUAGCAUCUGAAGAUGAGAAGAGACUACAACGUUACUUGUUUACAACGAGCUAUCAAGCAUGUUCACACUACCCACGUAUUGAUCAGAUACCAGGAUACAGUGGAUCAUUCACCACAAACGACAGACGUGUUGAUAGUGAUAAUCCAUAUAAAGAAUAUAAACCAGUCAGUUUGGUUCGCCAGAAAAUUCCACAAGAAUACAAUUUUGAUUUGAGCUUUAAUAUGUCAGGAUAUACUGGUUAUCAGAAAAAGGAAAUGCGAAGUGAUGGUUCCCAACCAGAAUUUCAGUGUCCACCUUCCGAAGCGAAGGCAGUAACUCCCAAACCUACUGAAAAUCCCUGUGAAAUCGUAUCCAAUGCAUAG